GUCGUUGCUGUGCUUUUUUGGAAACCGAAUUUCCCAGAGGAACCCACCCGAGGGAUUAAUAAAGUUUUAUCUUAUCUUAUCUGAAGUGUGUUGGUUGUAGCAGUAUGGCACAGUUUUUACUUUAAAGGCAAACAUUCUCUGGUGUCGGUGUAUGUCACAAUUUUCAUAAUUCAAAUGCCGCUCAGAGAGUAAAUUACAAGUGUUUGAAAACAAAUAUGUGACUUUCAUGCAAACUACAGGUGACUGUGCAACCAAUUUCAUCCAGCAGCAGCCAACAACCUCCAGCAACCACUCUCCAGACAGUUUCAAAAUAUAUAUUUUUCCAUAGAGAUCGCAGGUUGCCAGAUCUGACAUGAUUAUUCUUCAAAGUCUUUUUAAAAGUUUUAUAAAUACAUGGGCUUGGCAUGAGCUUCAAAUGCAUUUCAAAUGGAAAAACAAAGAAGUGCAAUUAAAGACUCGCAGGUGGUUGCGGACAAAAGUUUGUCGUUUUGGGAUUUGAGCCCAGACCGGCCUGUGAUUUUUGGACAAUGGAGCCUGUCUGGCACAGGCAACAAACUGACACCUCCAUCACGCUGCUGAAAGCAGACCGGGUGAGAGACCUUUGGCAAUCCGGAGGCAACUGACAGCAAAUUAUAGUUUAUCUUUUAUCUCUGUAGAUGUAAUUUUCUCCCUUAGCUUGUCUCCUCUCUGUCACAGUCAGAUAUUGUCUGCACUGUGGAUAAAGCAAUAACUGUGAAAAACCCAGUCAAUUCUGUAUGUCACAGUCAGUCUAAGCUUUUAGUUUCACAACAAUUCUCGAUACAAAACAAUAUCUGGGAAACUCUUUGUGCAAAGAGACCGCAGAAGGACGCUGGAGUAUGUGAACCAAUAGAUGCUCUAGAUAACACUCAGCUCCUAAGUAAAUACAAUUUUAACAUAAAAAGCAUGACCGUACUGUUGGGGAAGAGGAAAUGCCAAAGGAAAAUUGUCAAAUACUGCUUUUCAUACCACUUCAAGAAGAAUUAGUUGCGCAUCUCGCCUGAAUUUUGCUCAGCAGGCACCUCAUCUCAUGCAUCUGUUUGAAUGUGGAUUCAGUUUAACUUGAGCGCAUUCACUUCUCCUUCCUGUCCUCUGUAGCAAACUCUAAUUCUUUGUUGUAUUUUUAAAAUCUUUUUCUCUACAUUAAAUUGGACGUUAUUUUGUCUGAGUUUGUGUACAAAGAGAGUCUGUCCAGCAUCAUGAAUAUGUGUUUUCAAAAAGCAAUAAAACUGGAACCUUAAUUAAAGGAAAGCGACAAAAACCAGCUUCAUGUUUUUCUGCCAACUCUGCCCUUUGUUUUCAGGAAGGAGCAAAGUAACAAAGCUAACUAACCAGUUUUGGGAAACCGAAGAAUACAUGAUUAUAUUUUUGCCUACUGUGCGAAUUUCUGGCAGGAAAAAAAAGGCCAAAUAAAAAUUAAAGAUGUCAGAGGAUCUCUUUGGAAGCUUUUUGGAAGCUGAAACUCAUUAGACAAAAAAUGUGUGAGCUAUUGUGUGGUGAAAAAUGGAGGAGUCCUCUGUGUCUCUAUGUCUGCUUUGACUUUAAUUGGCUCUCACAUUCGCAAUUCUCACCACCACGGCGAGAGACUCUCCGUGCCUCACCCCUGCGGGGCAGCUCGUGCCACAGCAGUUAAACAGCAGAGGCUUCACUGACAGAUUAGCACCUCCUGCAAAGGCAGAACGAUUCAUUUUGUUUAUCGCUCUCCGAGCGCUAGGUCACCGAAGAUGUUCGCAGAUGUUGGUCUACAUUACCGGUGUAGGGUCUUUCGAUCAUGUGGGUGAUAUUUGCAUCUGUGCAUGCAUUUCAUGUGAGAUUUACUCUAGGUUGUCUCUUAAAUGAUAAAUAUGUGCACUCCAGAAAGGACACAGGACUUUUAUUUAUUUAUUUAUUUAUUUAUUUUUAAGGCUCGUGUGUAAUCGUUGUCAUACUGCAGGAGCUUUGGAGGUUGGAAGUUACCCAGGCCCAUCUGUCAUGAACUCAUUCCUCCUCUCCCGCCCCUUCCCCGGUCAUCACUCUCUGUCUCUUUCUGUUUAUCUACAUCUCUGUCUGUGUCUGUCUGCGCAAAAUGGUAUUCAGCAGAGUUAUAAAUACUCAUGAUUAGACCUAGUGAUAUUCGCUUGCAAACAAGAGGGCAGUUUAGUGUGGAUUUUCUGUCUGCCUCUGUUUGUCUCCGUCUCUUUUAAUGCACACACGGAUAUAUAAAGGUCAUCGCACCCAUACAUUAUGUAUGGAGUAGGAGGUGAUCCACACGGAGGGCGAAAUUAAUUGCUCCUUCUCUGGGCGAUCAUCGCAGCGAUACCCCUCAUAGUGAUAACGGCCUCAUUGUCAUUUCCUCAGCAUUAUUUGAUAAUGAAAGAGGGAAGAAAUGAGCAUCCACUGAACCGUUUUCAGUUCAUAGAGCAGUGUGGAAAAGUAUUUCAUCCUUAAGUUGGUGUACAGUCAGAAAUGUUUCUGCAUGGUUUUUGGUGUGGAAGAGGUGCAUAUUCCAAAAAAUAGCUUCUCUGUUUAUGAUAUGUAUGUUAAACACACUCAGUAACUGGUGGGGGUUUUUGUUUUGUUUUGUGUUUUUGAUGAGAAUACCUUGGUAAAAUCACUGCAGUCUCUCUGCAACACAAACUGAAGAUUGUAAAACUCAUAAAGUAAGGAUUUAUUGCAGGAAUCCUGCCAGUGAGAGGCAAUUUUUUUCAACUGUAAGAUCAUCUUGGAGGGUGUCGCUUGUGGUGGUGUUGAACUGCGUUGCAUAAUUUAGCAGUGUUUAGCCUACCCCUACAGUGCUUUUCAACAGAUUUAGAUUGAUUUGUGACAGUUGCGGUUGGUAAGAAAUGUGUCCAUGAGUGUGGCUCUCUUAAAUGAAAUAUUAAGCAGAAAUAUUUUUGUUUCUCAUCUUCAGAUAUUUUAUUUGUCAAGUACUCUAUGACAAACAAACAACAAUAUAAUCAGUUCCAGAUGAACUCCAGCUCCAUUGUCUUGGAUGAAGUUGAUGGCUAUCAUUCUUGUCCUUGAUCUGCAGCAUCUGGGCUUUCAUUGUGCUUAGUGUGAUCCUCUGCUAGCAACAGACCUGUCUAAAACUGAGAUAGAGUACAUCUGACUACCGUAUGAAAUCAAACACAAUGAAUUAGGGGAAGCAUCAGGGCUCACUUUGGGGUGAAAAAAGAAUGUGAGGAUUGUUUACUAGAUUGUAGAUGACAGGAUAAUAAUGAUGAUGAUGAUGAUGAUGAUGAUUAUAAUAAUAAUAAUAAAAUAUGUUAGACAUUUCGCAAAUAUACCCCGGAAUUUCACCCAAACCAUUUGUGGAAAGACACUACUAAUAUAAAAGAGAAAAGUCUGAUCAUUUUUCAUUUGCAUGCACAGUAUAUGAGUAAUGCCUUAUGAUAUGCAUUUGGAACAUGAAGAAGUAAUUAAUAGGCUUUCAUAUAUAUAUUAUAUAGUCUGGUAUGUAAGAUUGCUCAGGUUAAGCAGUUUGGAAACAAAGCCAAAGAAGAGAGGCUGAGAUGGUUUGGACAUGUGCAGAGGAGGGAUGGUGGCAUUAUUAGGAAAGGAUGCUGAAUGUGAAGCUGCCAGGCAAGAGGAGAAAAGAACAACCACAGAGACAAGUCAUGGAUGUAGUAAAGGAGACAUGCAGAGGGUUGGUGGGACAGAGGUGAUAGGGUGAGAUGGAGGCAUUGUGGUGUCCCCUAAAGGGAAAAGCUGAAAGAAGAAGACGAAGAUAAUAGUCAGAGGUAGGUGGAGUAUGAACUAGUUUGGGAUCGGUGUGAUUUUUAUAAUUGUUAAACCACAUAAAGUUGCAACAUCAUUCACUGUUAUGCGCUUAUUCUGGAAGCAUAUUUACAACCACAAAAUGAAACGGCAAACAUCACAAAUGAAAUAAAAUGAAAUAUUUCAAGCAAGGUUUAAUGCUACUCAUCAAGUAGCUUCAGCAAUUUAAAUAGGACCAUCAAUUGCUAGCUUUAAUCAAGUACUCUUGUCUUGUCAUAACUCCUAUGAGUGCCUUACAGUUAUUUCUGUAACAUGCUAGUGAUAAAAGUCCUUGAGAUGCCUCUGUCAGCUGUCUGCAGAUGAGCUGUGAUCCAUGGCUACAACAGCUGCUCCCCUCACACAGCCCUACCACUGUGCCUUUCCUGCAGCUGCCUCCACCUCCCCACCACCCCAUCACCUCCACAGGGAAUGCCAUGCUUCGAACUCCUCGAUGAAAUUACAAUUAAUUAUGGGAAAGGUAGUAUGCAAGCGCAAUGAGCCCAAAGCCCCUUAAGGAGAGAGUAAUGCAUCAGGGUAACCUGGAGUCCCAGCAGGCAUUAAGCUUUUCUCAAGUGCAGAAGCGUGUUCUUCGAAGACCUGUUCUUACUGGCCCAGUAAGCUAGAACUGCGUACAUUUAAAUUAAGGUUUCGGUUUUGCCUAGUAUUUAACUACAGCGGUAUGUUAGCGAUGCAUUAAAGUGACAAGAAACACUGUUUGACCUUUUACAUAUGCUCCCCAGCUAGGAAAAUAACAAGUAGUAAAAUGAAAUGCAAAUAUGAUAAACUCGAUUCCCCCCUCAGAGCUCUACUGUAAGGUAAGGUGUUUAGAUCAUUUUUACAAUAAGUGGUCCCGGUCCUACAGUGCAUAUAAGCUUCACACUGCUGCAGUAUGUGCUAAGUGGCUGAAACUAGAGAGAUACUGUAGCCUACUGUAUUGUGUGAUGCAUUGCAACUUUGUCCUUGAGCGGUGUUAUUUUUGAACAUUGUCUUUUAAGUAUACUGCAAGCUGUGGAAACAACAGGCUCAGCUAUUUCACGUCAUUGACAGUGGUGUAACCGGGCGUUUUUUCUACAGGAGUGACCAGGUUUAUUACUUAUUCCUUUAAUAUAAGGAUUCAUAAUGGAAUAAUAAGUAAUUCAUUGGAUUUAUACUUUUUUCAUGAACUAGAUUUGAUUUUUAACAUUUAACUGAAUAAAAAUCCCACAUUGGAACAUUUACUUGUGCAAAACUUGUGCAACGUAACUGCUAAACAACUUGUUUUCUUUAGAUAUGAAAAAAAUAAUCAAAACUGCUUUUGCAAGAGAAUACAGGCAGUUAAAUAUUUCCUUCUGCCCUUGAAUCUAUGACUUCUUCUCGCUGUCUGUCAGACUCGUCAUCUGCUGGCAGGAAAAAAAAACCCUCGCUCUCGACUUUGUUGCAGGAUAUGUCAUUCCUCAGAAACUUCAGCUUUUACUCAUUCACCAGCUGCUCCAGCAGCAGCCUUCCUCCGUGUCACCCCCCCACUCAUAAGAUGUGGUCCUUGAGUCGGACCGAUUGUAGCCAAGUAAAAACCUGUUAUAGCCGAAUGUCACUGCUGUCUGUGUUCUGUGUUUCUUAAAGGAAUUUCCGGACCGUCUCAAAAAGCACUGCCAGGUUGCAGAGACUGUUCAAACAUUUAUACAAGCUCUUGCCCUCAAAUGCCAGCAGCACCCCCACUUCUUCAUUCAGGCUCUGAGCCGAGCACCUGCUGCUGUCAUUCUUUUCACCUCACAUGAAUACGUUUGUUAAUUCCACACGAUGAAUUGCAGAAUGUUUGCAAGCAUCACAACAUAGAUUCUGUCCCACUUUUGUUUUGUUUUUUUAAGGUUUUGUUUCCUGAUUUGUCUCAAGCUGUGAAAUUGAUCUGGAUUAAUAUAAAAACCAGUCCUGCAUCAAACCAGUUUUUAUUCCUCUAAAUCAAAUUAACUCUCCUGGACUCCCACAUUCUGUGUUAUUCAUAGGACUGACCAGCAAUUUGCUGACUGAGUCGUUGGUUGCUCAUUGCACACCAUGUUGAGCAAGAGUGUUUUUUUUUUAUCUGGGUCAUCAGCUGUGCUUGAGCUUCUCCUUUCCCUUGAGAAGACUACAGAACUCCUGGUUUAACUGCAUCAGAGGAUUUCAUCCUCUGAAAAAUGAAUGGAUUGCAUAUCAAAUGCAUAUUGAUUUUCUACUUGAGUAAUGUUAUAUUUGUACUAUAAUAUACAGUGAUUAGCCAUCAUAAUGGAAAAUCUAUGUGAAUAAUUAUGACAUUUGCUGCCUGCGGCCAUUCAGUUAGAGUUGCAAAGUGGCUUUGUGUAAGUGCACACCGUGAUGCAUAAGGUGAAGGCAAGGACAGGCAUGCCGCUAUCGCUGCGUUUCAGUGUUUUAUGUGGCGCACUGUUACAUCUCUUCUGCAAAAACCCACAAAUGGAAAUGGCUACAAUAACAGCUCUUUAGGUGCUUCACACCAAACCAGCUUGCAGCUCAGCUGUAGGUAAUGAUGGCAUUAUCAUUGAUCCCCCACAAAGUAAGUCCACAGUGAUCAAUGCUCUCCCAUGUGUUUUCCAUGCAGACAGCAGUGAGAUUAAGCCGCCUGUAGCAGGAGGCCAGACAGUCUGCAGAUUAGAAAGUUACAACUGAAGGGACUGAGAUUUGGUUUUAUCUAUGUGUGUGUUGCUCUGUCUCCCAGAAGCAGCUAUAGGAAGAGUUUUAGGCCAGCAUGUUUUUGGCUUUGGAUUAGACCCAGUAGUAGUGUUUGCCAACAUCUGCCUGCCAUUACCCGGGUGACACUGGCAGUCAUGCAGUGAUUAAUCGGACUGUUGUGAUAGUUCCCGUUCGGUCACUCUGCACCUCAGGCACAUCACUUAGCAGCAGGAUGGGGGUCAGCGUUCACAGGGUCAUAUGUCCUGGGAGCUUUCUGUGUGUACCUUCCUAACUAAAGCAGAAUGCAGGCCUUUAGUUACUGUGCAGGACUAUCUCAUAUUAACCUGUCAUGCUCUGCAUUCCUGUGUGCAGUUCCACAUUUGUAGCCUGCAAUGUAUCUAUUGCACACUGAUACCCCGAGACUAAAACGUGUAGAAAACUUAAAUCAGUUACAGAUGGUAAAGUUAUUUUAAUCAUGUAAGUAUGUGUGUUGCUGUAUUACAGCUCUGAUUUGCACUAGUUAAUGAAUGCUUUUGGCAAUCUACGUUUGGUUAUUAAAUUAUUGUUUUUAAAUAACUAUAAAUAUCUUUGACAAACGAAGCGAUUAAUGGUUCAUAAAAACAAACAAAACAUCACUGCUUGCUUUUAUGUAUUUAGUGUUUAUCUGGUCGUUUCAGUGGUUUUUCAAGCAGAACCUUUUGAGAUUUCACUCCUGGUGAUGUGAAGAUUUUCCCAUUUGGGGUGGCUGUAGCUCAGAAGGUAAAACAGGUCAUCUACUAAUUGGAAGGUUGGUGGUUUGAUCGCUGGCUGCUGCAGUCUGCAUGCCAAAGUAUCCUUGGGCAAAAUAGUUUCUUCAAGUUUCUCUCUGAUACAUCCUUUGGAGUGUGAGUAAAGAAAAGAGAUGAAGCGCUGCCAUGUUUUUACAAAUAUUCUAAACAGGUGCUCAUCAGUAGGGUGAAAUGACUAAAAAACUUGCUGAGAUUUAAAAAUAUCUAAUAAAAAACUAGAAGCAAGGAACUGCACGACCUACGCGUAUCGACUAAAAAGUCUUCAUCAGGGAAAGAUAGAAAGCACUUAGAAAAUUGCUUGUAUGAAUGGGUGAAUGAGGCAUGUUGUAUAGAGGUGGUUUGAGUGCUCAAGUAGAGUAGAAAAGCGCUCCAAAAGAACCAGUUCACUAAAACGUUGCAGACAAAAUGGUUAGUUUAUUCAAAAUUGUUGGCAAAAAAACCUCGUUACUUUCCUGUGUUGUAAACCUAUUUUUGAGGGAUCAAAAGAAAAAGAAACCCCAAAACAUUUACACAAAGCUGCACACAAGUUAUGAAGAAAAGAUGUCUUGUCAUCACAAAAACAAAUCUUUUACAGAUUUCCCUUAUUGAUAUUAUGCAACGUUUUCAGACUUGCGGCUUUCAAACUUGCAGAUCUAUGGCGGUCAUUCUAGGCAAGAUGGGAUCACAUGCCUGUCGUGUGAUUGGCCGGCCCUUUUCCUCAUUCCUCUCCUUGACAGGCACGCUCACAGACAGAUGCACAGCAGCUGUAUUGCAGGAUGCAGUUUUUCAGGGCGCAGUAAUCUCUAAACAUCAGAAAUGCCAGCCACAUGGAUGCAGCAAGGCGAAGUGAUCACUUGAAGCAGACAGAAUGAAAAAUGGCUUUUUCCCUCAGUUUGUUUUAAGAUCUUAUCUGCGUGCGCUGUGAUCAAACCAGGCUGCAAUGAAAGCGUUACAUCCACAGAUGUUUGAAUCUACCAGUAGCCCGGGGAAUAACAUCCUUAUCAAGAGGAGCUGUUAUGUUGGAAAAAGGUUUCUGAAUCAAGGAGGAGGAAGAAGAGUGGAUUUCUGAGGCACAGUCUCUGGAGAUAUUUCUCAUGAGGGGUGGAUGAAAGAUGGAUGGAAGUGGCCCCUCUCAGCUGUCACACUCUGACCUCUGAGUAGCUAUGUAUUCCCUGCACCCAACGAGGAGGAACCCCUCCCCAGAUGUGGGGCUGUCUUCUCACCCAGAGUUGGAUUAAUAGCCAGAGCUCACAAAACAGAAUGGCAUUAGCUUGUGCAGACUAUGACUCAUCAGAGUUCAUAUCAGAGUACAGGUGAGACUGAGUCUCUAGCCGAUACCUGCAGGACUCUUAAGGAGAAGUAAUCAGCCUUGGAUGACCUUCACAGAAGGAUAGAGUUAUACCCCAGGUUUGAUGAAUUAGUGUCUAUUCCACUGCCUUGUUGACAAGGUCGGCCAUGGCUGCUGCUGAUCGCCAGAGCAAUGGUUCCCUGAAGGGACGAAGAACAGACUGAGAGAGUCAACAAUGCAGCGUAACGGUGGCGGCGUGGGCGUCGGAGGCCAGCCGUGGAUGUUUCGCCGCGUGCGUCUCACGUGGCUCAGUUUCAUGCUCUUCUUCAUCCUGGUCUUCUUCCCGCUUAUUGCCCACUACUACCUCACUACCAUUGAUGAAGCUGGGGAUCGCGACAAGCACAUCUUUGGGCCCCGGCCUGGUGGCGAGCUGUGCGAGGCCAAACAUGUGCAGGACUUGUGCCGUAUCCGCGAGUCGGUCAGUGAGGAGCUGUUGCAGCUGGAGGCAAAGAGGCAGGAGCUCAAUGGGGAGAUCGCCCGACUUAACCUGCGCAUCGAGGCUUGCAAGCGCAGCAUCGACAGUGCCAAGCAAGAUCUACUACAGCUGAAAAAUGUUAUCAGCCAAACGGAGCAUUCUUAUAAAGAACUGAUGGCCCAGAACCAGCCCAAGCUGUCGUUGCCCGUCAGGUUACUUCCCGAUAAGGAGGAUCCGGGGCUGCCACCACCCAAGUCUCCACGCUCCUGCCGCCUGCGCUCCUGCUUUGACUAUGCGCGCUGUCCCCUUACAUCUGGGUUCCCUGUAUAUGUCUAUGACACAGACUCCUACCUAUGGGGGAGCUAUAUUGACCCUCUGGUAAAGCAGGCUUUUGUUGCAUCAGUUAAGAGCAACAUUUAUGUAACUAAUAACCCCAACAUUGCCUGUCUGUAUUUGGUUCUGGUAGGAGAGCUGCAGGAGUCCCCUUCCUUCCCACUGCCAUCUCCUUCAGAGCUGGAGAAGCAACUGAAAGCUCUUCCUUACUGGAGGUCUGAUGGACACAACCAUGUACUGGUGCAUCUCUCUAGAAAGUCUAUGACACAGAACUUCCUGUAUAAUGUGAGCACAGGGCGAGCAGCAGUUGCUCAGUCCACUUUCCUAGAGCAGCAGUACCGUGAGGGUUUUGACCUAGUUGUGUCCCCGCUAGUUCAUGCCCUCUCUGAACCCAACUUUUUAGAAGUCCCACCUCAAGUUCCCGUGAAGAGGAAAUACCUUUUCACAUUCCAGGGGGAGAGGGUGGAGUCCCUGAGGAGCAGCUUACAGGAGGCACCGCCCCAGUCUUUCGAGGAGGAAAUGGAAGGAGAUCCACCAGCCGAUUAUGACGAUCGCAUAAUCGGCACCUUAAAGGCAGUGCAGGACAGCCACUUGGAUCAGGUCCUGGUGGAAUUCACCUGCAAGAACCCGAGGCCAAGUUUGCCAACAGAGUGGGCUCUUUGUGGAGAGAGAGAAGACAGACUGGAGGUCCUCAAGGUUUCUACCUUUGCCCUGGUGAUUGCUGCAGGGGAUGGACAACUUGUAGCAUCAGCAGGCUUUGGGAUGAGGCUGUUUGAGGCUUUAGAAGUGGGGGCUAUCCCUGUUGUCCUGGGGGACCACUCCCGACUGCCUUACCACCAGUUUGUUCGCUGGAGUGAAGCUGCCAUUUUGGUCCCCAAGCCCCGUGUAACAGAGCUACAUUUCCUCUUGAGGAGCCUGUCAGACAAUGACAUGUUGGCUAUGAGGCGACAGGGCCGCUUUCUGUGGGAAACGUACUUCUCAACCUCAGAAAAUGUUCUCAACACCAUUCUGGCCAGUAUCAGAACCAGCAUCCAAGUUCCUGCUGCACCCAUCAAAGAAGAGCCAGUUCAUGAGAUUCCUCACAAAGCCGGGAAGUUGGCUGGGACAGAUGCCAACCUGGCUGACAAUGGUGAUCUGGAUUUGGGUCCCGUCGAGACGGAGCCUCCUUAUGCCUCUCCACGCUUUCUCCGCAACUUCACAUAUACAGCUGCAGACACUUACAGAUCAUGGAACCGGGCCCCGGGGCCCUUCCACCUGUUUCCUCACACUCCUCUUGACCCGGUACUGCCCUCUGAAGCCAAAUUCCUUGGCUCAGGUACUGGUUUCAGGCCUAUUGGAGGAGGUACAGGAGGCUCUGGAAAGGAGUUCCAGGCUGCUCUGGGUGGGAAUGUUCCCCGAGAGCAGUUCACUGUAGUCAUGCUGACUUAUGAGAGGGAGGAGGUCCUGAUGAACUCUCUCGAGAGGCUGAAUGGACUGCCAUACCUUAACAAGGUAGUGGUAGUGUGGAAUUCUCCCAAGCCUCCUUCAGAUGACCUGCUGUGGCCAGACAUCGGCCUGCCCAUUGUGGUGGUCCGCACAGAAAAGAACAGCCUCAACAAUCGCUUCCUACCCUGGGAUGCCGUGGAAACCGAGGCAAUCCUGUCUAUCGACGACGACGCUCACCUUCGCCACGAUGAGAUCAUGUUUGGUUUCAGAGUGUGGCGUGAGGCCAGAGAUCGCAUCGUAGGUUUUCCUGGGAGGUAUCACGCGUGGGACGUCAACCACCAGUCCUGGCUCUACAACUCCAACUACUCCUGUGAGCUCUCCAUGGUCCUGACAGGAGCUGCCUUCUUCCAUAAGUACUACGCGUACCUGUACUCCUAUGUGAUGCCCCAAGCUAUUAGGGAUAUGGUGGACGAAUACAUUAACUGCGAGGACAUCGCCAUGAACUUCCUCGUCUCUCACAUCACCCGCAAACCACCCAUCAAGGUGACGUCUCGUUGGACUUUCCGCUGUCCGGGCUGCCCUCAGGCCCUUUCGCACGACGACUCGCAUUUCCACGAGCGACACAAGUGCAUCAACUUCUUCGUCAAAGUCUACGGCUACAUGCCGCUGCUGUACACGCAGUUUCGUGUGGACUCGGUGCUGUUUAAGACUCGAUUGCCCCACGAUAAGACCAAGUGCUUCAAGUUCAUUUAGCGUCUGGGCGAGCGUCAGCAAAGAGCCAAAAGCAGGGUGAACUGAAGGAGUGAAAAUAGGAGUGAAAAACAGCACCUUCCACUGCAAGCAGUAAUAAAGAUGGAUGGGUGGGCUGCAGGGCAAAUGGAAAGUAAGCCCAGAAAGACAAGUUAAAAGCUGUUGGCUGGCGGUCUAAUCAGCAACACUACUGAAAAUGUGAGGAGUGGAAGCUGGAAGGGACCACUGCCAACAAAAAGAAGCCUUUUCAGUGGAUGUCACUCUUUUUCCCCGUGUUCUCUAAUCAUGCUCAGUCAUCAAACCACUAGCUGCAGAUGUCAUUUGCACCUCUUAACCGCCUGCUGAGGAACGAGGGCGGGGUGUACACAGUGUACAGAAAUUCUCCCAGGUUAGCAACACCUGAUAAUGGGGUUGGCGAGUAACUGACAGAUGCCAGGCUGCGUUUGACCCAGCAGACUUUUAACGGUUUCAGCUGAGAGAUCAAACAGCACACGGCCGCCACUACGCUUUUGUUUUACGGUUACAAACUGUACGUCUUGUACAUGUAUAUGAGCGAAGCACUGAAGGUCAGAAGUAUUUUAUUGAUCUUUUUUUUUUAAUGAUGUCGUUUAAGUGUAAAUCUUUAUGUGGAGUGAACCUUUUCCACAGCCCCUGCCUGUGGGAGAUCAGGCAGGACCUCGAUUGAAAGUCAGCCCAAUCAUGUUUUAAGUAUCGUCGAGUGCUCAAGGGGGAAAAUUCACUUCAGCGGUCACCAUAAUGCCUCAAAUUUGUCAUGAAAACCAGCCACCAUGUUGUCAUUUCAUAUUGCUUACACGAUCUGGACUCGGUGGAAGUGUUCGAAACAGCUUGAUUUUUUUUUUUAUACUAUGAUGUUUGUAAAAUUAGACGUUAAAAAGUAGUAUCGGCUAAUCAAUGUUCGCAGGUAAAGUGCAACAAAGUCAAGAAUAACAGCUGCCAAAAUCAACAAAACAUUGACUUUAUUAUUGCUGAAAGUUUUCAGUGACGGUCAGAAUUAUGGGAAAAUCUUAAAGAGAACAAAAAUGUUUUGUUUAAAAACACUUACUUUGUUUUGUGGUGGAGAAGUGGAGCAGGAUAUCAAUCCCUUUCUCCAAACAGGCUCUUAAAUAUUAAAUCAAAGCCAACAGCUGAUGACCCUAACGUAGCAUAAAAUAAAGACUGGAAACUACCGUGGCUCUGCUUAAUGGUACCAAAUACUGCCCAAUUGCACCUGUAAAGCACACUAAAUAAUCCAAUGGUUCUCAAACUGUGGGGCCAGCCCCACUCUUGGGGCAUAGACCCCCUGAAGGCGGGGCUUGGAGGACAAGGAAAGAACUCCGAGCUAAAGUGAAUGGAGAUGGGUUUUGUAUUGUAAAUAAAUUGACGCUAUGACGCUGACAUUUAUUUUACUUUAACAUUAAACUUGUUAUUGUCACAGA